AUGCCUCCUAGGAGAUCACACAAAAAGUCGAGAGCCGGCUGCAAGCGGUGCAAGUCGCGCAAGAUCAAGUGCGAUGAAGUCCAUCCGAGAUGCGGGAAUUGCGUCAAGCACGGCGUGCCUUGCGACUUUGAGAACCCAGACAUCCUCGACGACCUCCUCACCGCCUUCACACCCUCCAACACCCAGGCAUCACAAUCCCCCAUCGACAGAGCCAUGUCCACGGCACCUUCCCCCUCCGUUGCCGGAUCGAAUCGAGGCAAGACGCCGACAUUUGCGGGUUCGCCCCCCCUCUACACUCGGCCCUCCACCGCUCCCAUUUCCACUACGACAACCUCCAACAACCGGCUACUGGAACUGCGGUUGAUGCAUCAAUUCACCUCAAAGACUUCCCGUACGCUGGUGGUGAACACGCCUGCUACUUACGACAUCUGGAUGAACACGGUUCCGAAGCUGGCCUUCGGCGGUGCCGUUUAUCUCGCAGAUGCUAUGCUCGCUGUAUCAGCGUUACAUCUGCGGUCAUUCAACCCCGACGACAAGGCGCUCAUUAGAGCGUCGCACUCAUACAUGGCCUCAUCGCUUGCGGCGUACUGUGCCUGCCUGCAAAACGGCAUCACUGAGGCCAACGCCGAAUCCCUCUUCCUCACUGCCGCUCUCAUCGCCUUCCAGUCUACCGCCACUCGAAUUUUCAUUCGCGACGAGACCGAUCCGAACGACCCUUCCAGCGCCUACUCUCUGCCGCUCUCGUGGUUCCACGCGUUCCAGGGUGUCAAGACUGUCGUAGCGACGUCCUGGCCUUGGAUUCGCAACAGCGGUGUUGUCAUUCCCAUUAUUGAUUCACAGCCUGUCCUUCAGCUUGAUUUGGACGCGACAUCACCGAAUUCUUUCUUCGGGAAGCUGUUGGAAAACCUGGACGACGAGAUACAGGGCGAAGAAGCCAUUCUGGCCAUGGCGACGAGACAAUCAUACCAGCACGCGGUUGCAGUACUGAACUGGGCACACAAACUGCCCCACCGCGGUGCUGCCCUCGCCUUCCCCGCCACGGUCUCGAAGCGGUUUAUCGACUUGUUGGAAGAGCGCCGACCUCGUGCCCUGACCAUUCUUGCCAGCUUUUUCGCGCUGCUAAAGGGCUACGAGGCAUCGGUAUGGUGGCUGGACGGCGUCGCGCGUAGAGAGGUUAUGGGCAUUGUCUCACAGUUUGAAGCCACCAGCCCCUGGUGGCAGCACCUCGAGUGGCCUGUGCGGAUUGCUCUGUACAAGAACUCCAUCAUUCCGCCAGAGGUUUGGGGAUCGGACUGGGUCACCGAGGAAAACAAAGCGGAAAAGGGCCACAACAUGACUACCGAGUCAUUUGUGAGCCACAUUGAAACCCUGACGAGUGCGUUUGCCAGAGCGCAACAGUAUCAGAUACCUGGCAUUACCAUCCCGGCGCAUGCGAUGUAA